AAUGUCCAUAGACAAGAGAACAAAGUUCUGGACAAAAUGUUUCCCCCCAGAGAAUGGACGGAGAACAAUAAGCAGUGGGUACAGUAUGUCUCAGCAUCUCCUAGCGGCCGCCUGGAUGUCAUCCACCUACUGGAAGAUCUCCAAUUGAAACUGGUGGAGAGAAAUGCUCAUGAGCUUGGUCUCUGUCCUGUCAGACAGGAACUCUACAAGGACUGCUUUGAUGAAAUUAUCCGACAGGUCACAGUAGGCUGUGCUGAGAGAGGACAGCUUCUGAUGAGAGUGAGGGAGGAGUGUGAAAAGAUUAUCGCAACAUACCAGACACUGUACGAAAGCAGCAUGGCAUACAGCAUGAGAAAAGCCCUGCAAGCUGAGCAGGACAGAAUUGACUUAGCCAAGAAGAUUUCUGAACUGGAAUCUGACAAGAGGGAUCUUGAGAGACUGUUGAGUGAACAGAGAGCAGCUUGUGAAGCCCUUGAAAAGUCGGAGACUGACCGACGGCACUCAGAUGAAAAGAAGCACAGUGAAGAAAUUGACUUUUUCAAACAAACUAUCAAGCAGCUCAAGGGACAGCUGGAAGGUUUUUCUGGUCCCAAGAAGACAAAAUGAUAUCUAUCAAGACUUAGGACUUCUUGCAAAUGGAACAUUACAUUUUAUAAAUUAACAUAUCGCCGAGUCCCAGACCCAAACCACAUUCCCAUCCACUUUACAAGACUAUGGUGGAUAGUUGUUCCAAAAUGUUCCUCACUAUACAUCAUAAUU